AUGGCCACCGAAUUGACCGUUCAGUCCGAAAGAGCUUUCCAAAAGCAACCCCACAUCUUCACCAACCCCAAGACCAAGGCUGGUAAGAAGACCAAGAGAUGGUAUAAGGAAGUCGGUCUCGGCUACAAGACCCCCAAGGCCGCCAUCGACGGUUCGUACAUCGACAAGAAGUGCCCCUUCGUCGGUGAAGUCUCGAUCAGAGGUAAGAUCUUGUCGGGUACCGUGAUCUCGACCAAGAUGCACAGAACCAUCAUCAUCAGAAGAGACUACUUGCACUACAUCCCCAAGUACAACAGAUACGAAAAGAGACACAAGAACGUUGCCGCCCACGUCUCGCCCGCUUUCAGAGUGCAGGAAGGCGACGUCGUCACCGUCGGCCAGUGCCGUCCCUUGUCGAAGACCGUCAGAUUCAACGUGUUGAAGAUCACUUCGUCCAACACCAAGGCUAAGAAGUUCCACAAGUUCUAA